AUGUCACUUUUUGUCAUUUUCAAAUUUCCCGCUGUUCCGUCCCCCGUACGUCCCGACACUCGCAGGGGACAGAACCCAGAUGACAGAUGCUGGCAUCCGCCGGAUUACAUUGCUGGGGACACUGCAGGAGGGACAUUGCUGGAGCGCAGGACAAGGUAAGUGCUCGAGGGAUCCCAGAGCAAUGCUGCAGUGCAAUCCCAAAUGUAACUCAGGGAUACCGCUUCUGGUACUGAAAGUUAACCCCGAGCUACACUCGGGAAUACCGCCAGGGAGGUUA